AUGGACGCCUGCCCGUUGCGAGGGAGGAAGGAGCCCGGAUUCCUUUUGUCUCGCCGAAACAGUUCGCCCCUCCUUUUCUGACCUCCGUGACAUCAAAAAACGUUUCGAAACUGUUUCUCUGCCCUGUACCUCCAGAAGUAUCUCAUCCCUCCAGGAUCCGCCGUGGGUGGUCGCUUCCUCUCAGCUCUCAUUUCCUACGUCUUGACUCUCUCUUGCAAAUAUCUUUGAUAAGACUUCACGUUUCCUUUUUGCUUGAGCUUCCAUAAAUAGACAAGAAUUAUGCCACAGAAAAAAGAGAAUAUAGUUCAGAAAUGGCGCACAAACCCGAAAAAAAGCUGAAAAGAGAGAUGAAAGAUGCUUACGCCCUCCAGGAAGAGAUUCUGAAGGAAAUAGGAGAAUUUCAAAAACCGUCGAGGUCGAGCCUUCGAAGAAAGAGCGUCGGCUGCUCCGCCGAGAGAUUGAACGGCUUCUUCGAAAGCUCAAGAAGAUCGAGAAAGACAUGGAUCGUCUCAGGGAGGAGAUCUGGGAAGUCCAGAAAAAUCGCCCUCCAGAGCCCCAGAAGAAGAGUGAGUGA